AGAGAGAGAGAAAAGAGGAAAAUAUCCCAACCCAAGAACAGAACACUCUCCCUACUUCCCCCUUCACCUUCUUCACCUCCACUUCAACUUCUCUCUCUCUGUUUCUCUCAUUCCGAAGCCAUGCUUGAAGAAUCAGCGACUCGUACACCGUCGAUCUGGGCGACCAUUAACAGCUGGUUCACACCCAGCGUUUUCUUCGUGCUCCUCAACCUCAUGAUCGGCACCAUUUUCAUCACCUCCAGCCUCAGCACCCACAAGCCCAAGGAAGAAGAACAAGAGCCACACCACGACCAACAGCAACAGCAGCACGAAGAGAGCCCCAAACCCCUACAGUUCACCAGAUCUCCGUCAAUGCUGCAGAGGCUCAAGUCCAUUAGCUUGUACUGCUACAGAUCCCAAGAACCCAACACCCAUUUUGGCAAAACCCCUGAGAUGGAGACCCAUUACGGGUUCUUGCAGCAAGGCCCCGAGCUUGGGCAUGAACAAGAGAGGGAAAGCGAAAAGGAGGCGCCUUUCUUGACCAGAUCUCCUUCGAUGCUGGACAGGCUCAAGUCCUUCAAUCUCUAUAAGUAUGUGUCUCCAGAUGCUGGCUUUUCACCGACCCAUCACAGCUCUGAGCAACCCCAUGAGCCAGAACAGCAGAGAGCCCAAGCUGAGGAGGAAGGGCAAGUCGACCCAGCUAGAGAUGAAGAAGCAGAAGAGCAAGAAGAGCAAGAACUAGAAGAUGUUGAGGAGGAAGAGGAAGAGGAUGAGGAUGAGGAUGAGCAAAGUCUUGAUGAUGUGUACAGUCAGCUGAAGGAGAAUCAUGCCCAAAGGACGAAGUCCGACACCAAGCCAGCAUCAGGCGAGCUCACGCCCAAGCUCCCGAGGAAAAUGAGGAAAUCCGCCAGCUUGAAGUCCGCUUUCGCGCAUUUCGAAGAGGACGACAUUGUGGAGGCGCGCCGGCCAGCGACGACGAGGGAAGGGAAGGGCAAGGCAAGCCACGAGGUGGACGAGGAGGUCGACGCGAAGGCCGAUGAUUUCAUCAACAGGUUCAAGCAGCAGCUGAAGUUGCAGAGGCUGGACUCCUUCAUGAGGUACAAGGAGAUGAUUAACAGAGGGAAUGGCAAGUAGAGCACAAGCUGUGUACUUUCUUUUUGCUGGGGGGUUUUUAGUUUCACGAUCUUGGUGAUUCUCUGUGUUCCUUUCCAUUGGGUGUAGAUCGAAGUUUGAUUAUGGUUGAUUGUUGAACUUUCCGUUCAAGGAUAAAGUAAAUGGCGCUUGCAUAUCAGCUUCUUCAUCCU